UCGGUAGAGCAUCAGACUUUUAAUCUGAGGGUCCAGGGUUCAAGUCCCUGUUCGGGCGGAAACGUUUUAUGUGAUGGUGUAAUAAAUAAAAACACCUAAAUUAUACAAUGAAAAUGGUAGUUAAGUAUGUGUAACAGCAUGUGACGAUUAAAAACAGCGUAAAGAAGAAAAACAAACAUUUGGCUGGCCGCUGAGAGUACAUAUUAUGUAACAGGAAGCUGGUGAAGAGUACUUAAAUGGCAGGCAGCAUGAACCUAGACAGCAAACCUCAGUGCACUCAUGGAGUACACACUGGUUAUCAUCCUCUUCUUCUUCUUAGCAGGACCAUGUUUAUCCCUGCCUGCUCAGAUUUCCUCUCAAUCGAAUUUUGGAGCAAGAAGACAAAGGAGAAGCUAUGCUGAUGAUACUGAAGAAAACACUCAAACUGCAAUGGACAGGAUCAUAGAUGUAAAUGACUAUCAAGGCGUCUUUUCCGUGGAUGGCACCAGCCUUAGAGAAGGAGAUAUAGCCGUAUCCGGUAGGAGUCAGAAGAACUGUUUUGCCAGGAGCUGCCUGUGGACCAAAUCUGUGAAUGGAAAUGUGUACAUUGCAUACUCAAUCUCUCAUGUGUACAGCGAAGAAGAGGUAAAGAACAUUAAAAAAGGCAUGGAACUCAUUGAACAGGACACCUGUGUGCGCUUCGUGCCCAGAACUCACCAGAGGGACUACCUGGACAUUCAGCCCAAAACAGGGUGCUGGUCAUAUCUGGGGGCACGUGGUGGUAGACAAACCAUUUCUCUACAGACACCCGAAUGCACCGGGUCAGGGGUCACCGUCCACGAGUUAAUGCACGCCCUGGGCUUUGUGCAUGAGCAAUCCCGAGCUGACCGGGACAAGUAUGUCACCAUCAUGUGGUCCAAUAUAUGGAAAGACAGGCUGAGGAAUUUUGAAAAGUUUAAAACAAACAACUUGGACACCCCCUACGACUACAGCUCUAUCAUGCACUUUGGAAAGUAUGCCUUCUCUGAGGACGGUGAACCUACUAUUGUACCAAAAAGGAACUGGAAUGUGAAGAUUGGACAGAAAUUUGGGCCCAGCGACUUGGAUAUAAUGAAGAUUAAUAGACUGUAUAACUGUAAUGUGUAAUGAAAUCAAUUUACAACAACAAAUGAUCCAUCACAAGGCUAAAGUCUGACAUUAUUAACAUUUACUUUUGCUUUACUUUUAACAUUUUAACAUUUUGUUUAAGGUAAAAUGUCUGAUUGUGAAGAUAUAUAUAUAUAUAUUGAUUAUCAAUUGAUUAUUAAGAAUAUUCCUUUUUAACCUGCUGUUUCAGUUAUUUUCAUAUUCUUUCUUACUCUGAUUUUGACACCUUGAUGUCUUAUAUAAACACAUUACAUUAAUAAACCUUGUCCAUAAAAAUA